AGUAUUGUAUUUUAAUCUAUUGACAAUGUUACUGACAUUAAUUCACUGUCAUAUAUAUUAACAGAAUAGUACUUACAUUUUAUUAUAGUAUUAUAUAUUCCCAUUUCUAAGCUGCAUUGUCUGUAUUUCAUAUGUGCAUUGGCAACACUGAAUAUUGUGCAAAAUUUGAGAGGUUAGUUUUAGGUUACAUUAAAUUUAUAUAGUUUCGUGUUCAGGCUAAUUCUAAAGUUUAGUUCCAGAUUUAGUUCUGUUAGUGAAUUAAUUGCAUACCAAGCAGUUAGUUCUACAUCAUAAGCCUUGCAAAUAUGUCAAAGAAACGGGGGAAUAAAAAGAACAAAGACUUCGAUGAAGACGACGACUUGGAUCAAAAGCCGACGCCAACGGUUUCUGAAACAGGCACCAAAAGCAAAAAGAAAUCAAGUAAAAAAGAUACUAGGAGAAAACCGGAUAGUAGUGAGGAUGAAGGGGUCAAGCCAUCUGCAUCAACGGCGGAGAUCGAAGAUCCCCCAAAACCAGCUCCAAAAGUCAAAAAGAGCGCGAAGAAAGGAAAGAAGAAAAAUGACGACGAAUGGGAUGAAGAUGUGCCAGAGAUUGAUAUGACGAAAGAUGCAUAUGCUGAAGAUAUUCCAGUUCCUAAAAAGUCAUCGAAAAAGAAGGAUAAGAAGAAUAUUAAAUUGGAAGACAGUGAUAAUGAAGAAGAAGACAUCAAAAUCAACGCAGAAGAGGAGGAGGAAGAAAUAGUCAAGCCUGCACCUAAGAAGUCUAAGAAAAAGGAGAAAAGGAAAAUUAGUGUCGAAGAAAGUAAUGAAGAAGACUACGCAUUGGAUGUGCCUGAAGAGGCUGAAGAAGAAAUAGUUAAACCUGCAAUAAAAGUAUCAGAGAAAAAGAAAAAUAAAACGAAGAAAGGUGUUGCUCAGGACACUGAAGAAGCCCCUGUUACACCAGAAGUAAGUGAAGAAGUUGAUACCUCAAAAUCAGUUAGCGGACCUGCAUUGCCUGAAAAACCAAUGAGUAGCGACAAUGAAUAUCAAAACGAACCAGAGACUGUUAAGAAACUGACACAAGAAGAGAAACUGAAAUUAGCUACACCCGAACAUGGUACCUCUGAAGGAAUAACCGACAAACUUAAAUCCUUAGAAAUAGACCCAGAUAAGGAAAAGAAACUUACCCAUAAGGAAAAGAAAAAAAUUAAAAAACAACAAGAAUAUGAAAAACAAAUGGAAACUAUGCUUAGGAAAGGUGGUCAGGGUCAUUCUGAACUUGACAGCAACUUCACAGUUUCACAAGCCCAGAAAACUGCAGGCCAGUUAGCAGCUUUAGAAAACGCAAUCGAUAUAAAAGUCGAAAAUUUCAGCAUAUCUGCAAAAGGAAAUGAUUUAUUUGUCAAUGCUAAUCUGCUCAUCGCAAAUGGUAGGCAUUAUGGUUUAGUAGGUCCGAAUGGUCAUGGAAAGACUACUCUACUGAGACAUAUUGCGCAGAAAGCAUUAGCAAUUCCGCCUGGUAUCGACAUAUUAUAUUGUGAACAAGAAGUCGUAGCAGAUGACUUUAGUGCUGUCGAAACUGUACUAAGGGCAGAUGUAAAAAGGAAUGAACUUCUCGCAGAACAAAAGAAGCUGGAGGAAGACUUUAACUUAGGAAAUUUGGAAGUGCAGGACAGAUUAAACGAUGUUUAUGCCGAAUUAAAAGCUAUAGGUGCCGACUCUGCGGAACCGAGAGCGAGGAGAAUUUUGGCUGGUCUUGGUUUUACUAAAGGAAUGCAGAAUAGGGCAACCAAACAUUUUUCUGGAGGCUGGAGAAUGAGAGUAUCUCUCGCCAGAGCAUUGUAUAUUGAACCAACUUUAUUGCUACUUGAUGAACCUACAAACCAUUUAGAUCUCAAUGCUGUUAUUUGGCUGGAUAACUAUUUGCAGGCCUGGAAGAAAACUUUACUAAUCGUUUCCCACGACCAGUCAUUCUUGGAUAAUGUUUGUAAUGAAAUUAUCCAUCUUGAUAAUCUCAAACUGCACUAUUAUAAGGGUAAUUAUUCCAUGUUUAAGAAAAUGUUUGUUCAGAAGCGAAAAGAGAUGAUCAAGGAAUAUGAAAAGCAAGAGAAAAGAUUAAAAGAAUUGAAAUCGUCGGGAUCUUCGAAGAAACAGGCAGAAAAGAAGCAAAAGGAAGCACUGACCAGAAAGCAAGAAAAGAAUCGAUCUAAAAUACAAAAACAGGAGGACGAAAUGCAACCACAAGAGCUAUUGCAAAGACCAAAAGAGUAUUUGGUCAAAUUCAGAUUUCCCGAGCCUCCACCACUACAACCUCCAGUUCUUGGACUUUACAAUGUCACCUUUGCCUAUUCUGGUCAAAAACCUUUAUUCGUCAAAACUGAUUUCGGUAUUGAUAUGAAUAGUCGCGUAGCUAUCGUUGGACCUAAUGGUGUAGGAAAGUCUACUUUCUUAAAAUUGCUUGUCGCUGAACUCACGCCACAAGAAGGAGAAUCCCGUAUGAACCACAGAUUAAGAAUUGGAAGAUUUGAUCAACAUUCUGGGGAACAUCUCACUGCGGAAGAAACCCCAUCAGAAUACUUAAUGAGAUUAUUUGAUUUGCAAUACGAAAAAGCUAGGAAACAACUCGGAACUUUUGGUUUAGCAAGCCACGCACAUACCAUUAAAAUGAAAGAUUUAUCUGGGGGUCAGAAAGCAAGAGUAGCUCUAGCUGAAUUAUGCCUUAAUGCCCCUGAUGUAUUAAUAUUAGAUGAGCCCACCAACAACUUAGAUAUUGAAUCAAUUGAUGCCCUAGCAGAAGCUAUAAAUGAAUAUACCGGAGGCGUUAUAAUAGUGUCUCACGACGAACGACUGAUCAGAGAAACUAGUUGUGCCUUGUAUGUUAUAGAAGAUCAAACUAUUAAUGAACUGGAAGGUGACUUUGAUGACUAUAGGAAGGAGUUGUUGGAAAGUCUUGGAGAAGUUAUUAAUAGUCCUAGUAUAGCUGCUAAUGCAGCAGUCAGCCAAUAAUAAUUUAUCUUGUACUCAUUUUUUAUAUUACAGUUCGUUAUCUAUUUCCUUAGUAUUAAUAUUAUUAUAUAUGUAUUGAUUUCCUAUUUGCUUAUUUGUAUAAAUACUUGAUAUGCUCAAAUAACUUCUGAUUAUUUAUUAGGUACUUAUUACAUUCAGAAGGGUUUUUGGGCACAUUUAGUCAGAUGCGCUUUUCAUCUGUGUAUUUGUUGAUUUAGUCAACAUUUUUAUUAUUUAUAUAAAUAGUUAACAUCGGUUUUUUGAAAUAACUUAUGAUUACAUAUAUGUAAAUAAGGCUUUAGAUUUAGAACUGUUUUUCGACAACCGUUUAUCAUCUGUAUAUUUGGUUUCAACGAAAUGUAUGUACUUACAGUUAAGUAGGUAAUGUUGAUAAUACUUUAAAUUAUUAGUGGCGCUUUUUUAGUUUUUGAUGUCAUUUUGUUGGUAACUAAGAGACUGCAUAAUUGUACGCAGUAUGUAUAAGAACUUGUAAACUGCAGAUAUCAAGAAAAUAUAUUUUUAACAAGA